AUGGAAGCUAUUAAUGAUAUGGAACAAUUUCUUGCUGAUGUUUGGCAUGAUAUUGCUGGUUUUGUAAGUGAAUCUGCGGUUUAUAUAGAUCAUGCAGCAACGGAAUGCCUUCACUGGCAUACUGGUGGCAAGAUACAUUCCUUCUUUAAGGAUGUUGGUGCAAUGUCAGUUCAUGAAUUGGAUAUGUACAAUUUUCGUUAUGUCAAAGUACAGAAUUGCAAAAAGGUAGUUAUUAUUUCUACUUCUACUGAUCUAGCUUUUUAUCAACGUACAGUUAAGAUGAUAUUAGAGAAAAAUGCAUUUGAACACUGCACAAUUAUUACUGCUGCACAUUCAAGCGUGUUGAAUUACGAGGUUUCAGUGCCACUAGAGGAUAGAACAGAUUAUACUAAAUUAAAGAGAGAUGUAAAAAGCUGGAUGCAUUCUAAUCAACAGUUGCAGGACUGUUCAGUGACAAUACUUUUUCGACCAAUUUUUAUUAGUCUAAUUGACAGUGGUCUAUUUGUAACACCACCUUUCAGUGAUUUAUUAUCACCAUUAAAUAAUGCAUUGUUAAAGAAUUCACAGUAUGCAGUUGAUCAUUUUGUAAGUUUGUUUAACAGUUUAUCAACAUAUUUUAAAUUGAAAGAAGAUAUUUAUUCAAUGGGAAAAUUUAGCGAAUAUGUUGCUGAAAAAUUAGAAACGUUACCAAUAGCUAUCGAUCGUAGAAACAGUUUAGUUGCUGCAAAGGGAAAGGGAGUAUCUUUAAUCUUUGUCGACAGAAUAUUAGAUCUUUGCACUUCCACUAGUAAUAAUACUGAAUCGUUACUAUCCAGAAUAUUGUGUACUUUACCUCAUUUACCUCAUCAUUACAAUGACGUUGCAAUAAAUAUGUCUCCUCUAUUUUGUGGUCCACAGGAAUUUGUCGAUGUACCAGGAUGCUUGGCCAGCAAUGAUAAAACGUUGAUGAAUAUAUUAAUCACAAAAAAACAAAAGGAAGUAUUGUCUAUUAUGAAUAAAAUACUCGUCGACAUACUUUCAUCAAAAGAAAAUUUAAAACUAAGAGAAAACCUGAAACCAAAACUAGCAACAAGGAUUUCUGCACACAGUUUAGAGAAGCUUGUAAAUAAAUUUAAAGAUGUAGAUGAUCUUCACAUUAUAUCAGAAUCAAGCAAAAAGCUUCAAGUGGUACUGGGAAUUAUACAAACUUUAACAUCAGAAAAGACUUCACGGUUAGAUCUAUUAAUUAGUCUCGAAAAAUUAAUUUUACAAAACAUAGCUGUAAGUCGUGAUUCUACGAGCGUGCUUGGGCAAUUAAGUAAUAUAAUAAAAACUCGCGAAAAACGAGGCCUGGAUACAGACAAUAUAUUGGCACUUUUAGUGCAUAUUUAUGCGUUAGCUGGAACUGAAAUACAAUUCUCUCUUCAACAAGAGCAACAGCUGGAAGAAGCGAUUACUGAUGCUAUAUUUGAGGAUAUUACAAAAUUAAAAGAAAAUAUGCUAAACAGCAAGAUGUCAAUGUAUCAACAAACUUUAUCGCUUUUUGAUAUUACAGAGACUGAGAGUAUAAAGGAAACAUCUGCAAAAAUAGCGAAUCAUAUUAUGAAGACGUUACAUGAAAUAGCACAGCAACGUGCGCCUCUACAUAACUAUACUUCCAUGAUGUCUAAAUCAAGUUCUCAAGAGAUCGUUCGACGUGUUGGCAUCUUGCAACAAUUAUUAACAGAUAUACUCCAUUUUUCUAAAGAAAGUCUGAAGAAAAUCUAGUUUUUAAAUAUCUUUGACAGCUUAUUUUCUAAAGGAAGAAUAAAACAUCAUCCAUGUGAUAACAAUUGGAUUAUUAUUUAUGUCAUUGGAGGUAUAACACCAGAAGAAAUAAGAGAAACUAAAGAAAUUAUAUCAUUAUUUAAUUCAAAUUGUCAAAUAACAAUAGCAGGUUCGAGACUGUUAAAUCCAUUAGAUAUAGUGGACAAGGUUCUUCUUUCAUCAAUUAAUUAUUGAAACUUAUUUACUUUCAAUUUAU